AUGUCGUACGCCCCCGCUAAGCCCGUCUCCGUCCCCGUCGUGGUCGUCCCCACCGUUGUGAGGCCUGCCGCCCCGCUCUACUCGAACCUCGGCAAGGGCGCCAAGGAUCUGCUCAGCAAGGGCUUCCCCUCCACCUACAAGGUCGAGGUGACCACCAGCGCUGAGAACGGCGUCCAGUUCGUCUCCUCCGCCGAGAAGAAGCAGGCCAACAAGACCGAUGUCGUCGUGGGCACCUUCCAGCCCAAGUACAAGCUCGCCUCGCGCGGCCUUGAGCUCACCGGCACCUUCGAUACCGACAACCAGAUCAAGGCCGAGCUCGCCCUCGAUAACCUCUUCGUGCCCGGCGUGAAGGGUACCUUCAAGGCCCAGACCGGCGCCAGCCACGAUCUCGAGGCUGCCUUCGAGUACAAGCACGAGGUCGGUACCUUCACCUCGACCUUCGUCCACAACCCCACCACCGCCAAGACCCUCCUCUCGGCCACCGCCACCGUCUCGCGCCAGUCGGUCACCGCUGGUGUGGAGAGCAAGUACAGCCUCGCCCCCGCCCAGCCCGGCACCCUCACCACCGUCACUGGUGCCCUCAACUACAAGGCCGCUACCCACGAUCUUACCGCCUUCGUUAAGAGCGAUGCCGGCAGCGUGACCGAUGGCGGCGAUGCCCCCAGGCUCUACUCGCUCGGUGCUCACCUGCACUACACCCCCUCGAAGGAGAGCAGCUUCGCCUCCUCGCUCGACUACGACCUCCAGAAGAACACCAUCAAGGUGACCAUCGGCGGCUCGCAGAAGCUCGAUGCCCGCACUGAGACCAAGGCCAAGUUCUCCUCUGAUGGUCGUCUCGGCCUCGGUGUCGCCCAGCAGCUCACCCCCGCCGUCAAGGCCACCCUCGGCACUGAGCUCAACACCUUCGACCUUGCUGGUUCCACCCCCAAGUUCGGCGUCCACUUCGAGGUCAGGGCUUAA